AUGCUGACCCAGCCCGCCACGUCCCUGCCACGGGCGCAGAGGCAGCCCUCCUCUGGGGAGCCGCUGGCCGGCAUGGCCCCCAGCUCCUCCCAGAGCCCCCAGCUCCUCCCAGGGCCCCCAGCUCCUCCCAGAGCCCCCAGCUCCUCUCAGGGCCCCCAGCUCCUCCCAGAGCCCCCAGCUCCUCCCAGGGUCCCCAGCUUCUCCCAGGGCCCCCAGCUCCUCCCAGAGUCCCCAGCUCCUCCCAGAGCCCCAAGCUCCUCCCAGGGCCCCCAGCUCCUCUCAGGGCCCCCAGCUCCUCCUAGAGCCCCCAGCUCCUCCCAGGACCCCCAGCUCCUCUCAGGGCCCCCAGCUUCUCCCAUAGCCCCCAGCUCCUCCCAGGGCCCCCAGCGCCUCCCAGGGCCCCCAGCUCCUCCCAGGGCCCCCAGCGCCUCCCAGGGCCCCAGCUCCUCCCAGGGCCCCCAGCGCCUCCCAGGGCCCCCAGCUCCUCCCAGGGCCCCCAGCUCCUCCCAGAGCCCCCAGCUCCUCUCAGGGCCCCCAGCUCCUCCCAGAGCCCCCAGCUCCUCUCAGGGCCCCCAGCUCUUCCCAGAGCCCCCAGCUUCUCCCAGGGCCCCCAGCUCCUCCCAGGGCCCCCAGCUUCUCCCAUAG